UCGAUCUUAAAGGCAUGCAGUCUGUCACAUACAAGCUAGCGUAGAAAACACACACAUCCAGAGAUUGCAUUUUUUGUAUAUUAGGCCGAAGAGAUUGCUGUCGUAUUUUAUUUAAUGUUAGCUUUUACAACGUAGCUGUAUUUUUUGCCUGUAGAAUCACAUAAAUCUACCACGACGGACAGAAAAGGAUGGAGUGGCAGCCGGAUGAACAGAGUCUGCAGCAGGUGCUUCAGCUCCUGAAAGACUCCCAGUCCCCAGACACAGCGACUCAGAGAGCCGUUCAAGAAAAACUGGAGCAGUUCAACCAGUUUCCUGACUUCAACAACUAUCUCAUCUUUGUCCUCACGAGCCUCAAAUCUGAGGACGAGCCCACUCGCUCCCUGAGCGGUCUGAUUCUGAAGAACAAUGUCAAAGCUCAUUACCAGAACUUCCCUUCCAACGUGGCCGACUUCAUCAAACGAGAAUGCCUCAACAACAUUGGAGAUCCUUCGCCGCUCAUCAGAGCUACAAUCGGCAUUUUGAUCACAACAAUAGCCUCUAAAGGAGAGCUGCAGACCUGGCCGGAGCUGUUGCCUCAGCUUUGUAAUCUACUCAACUCAGAAGACUACAACACCUGUGAGGGUUCGUUUGGAGCACUGCAGAAGAUCUGUGAGGAUUCAUCAGAGCUGUUGGAUAGCGAUGCUCUAAAUAGACCUCUCAACAUCAUGAUCCCUAAGUUCCUUCAGUUCUUCAAACACUGCAGCCCCAAGAUCAGGUCUCACGCCAUCGCCUGUGUGAAUCAGUUCAUCAUUGGCCGAGCUCAGGCUCUGAUGGAUAACAUCGACACUUUUAUUGAGAGUCUGUUUGCCCUGGCUGGCGAUGAAGACAGCGAAGUUCGAAAGAACGUUUGCAGGGCUCUGGUGAUGCUGCUGGAAGUCCGCAUCGACCGCCUCAUCCCACACAUGCACAGCAUCAUUCAGUACAUGCUGCAGAGAACUCAGGACCCAGAUGAAAACGUGGCUCUGGAAGCCUGUGAGUUCUGGCUGACUCUGGCUGAACAGCCCAUCUGUAAAGAGGCUCUUUCUGGCCACUUGGUGCAACUGAUUCCUAUCCUGGUGAAUGGGAUGAAAUACUCUGAGAUAGACAUUAUUCUUCUAAAGGGAGAUGUUGAAGAGGACGAGACGAUCCCAGACAGCGAGCAGGACAUCAAGCCUCGCUUCCACAAGUCUCGCACGGUGACUCUGCAGCAUGAAGGAGGGGACGGGGAGGAGGGGGAGGACAUUGAUGAGGACGAGGACGACGACGAUGAUACUUUGUCUGACUGGAAUCUUCGUAAAUGUUCUGCUGCAGCUCUGGAUGUUCUUGCCAACGUGUUCCGUGAAGAGUUGCUUCCCCACCUGCUUCCCCUGCUCAAAGGCCUGCUGUUCCAUCCGGACUGGGUCAUCAAAGAAUCUGGCAUCCUGGUGCUGGGGGCCAUCGCUGAAGGUUGUAUGCAGGGUAUGGUACCUUACCUGCCUGAACUGAUUCCCCACCUCAUCCAAUGCUUGUGUGACAAGAAGGCUUUGGUCCGCUCCAUCGCCUGCUGGACUCUCAGUCGCUACGCCCACUGGGUGGUCAGCCAGCCCCCCGAUGCUCACCUUAAACCCCUCAUGACAGAACUUCUCAAACGCAUCCUUGAUGGCAAUAAGCGAGUUCAGGAGGCGGCGUGCAGCGCCUUUGCUACCCUCGAGGAGGAGGCGUGCACGGAGCUGGUUCCGUAUCUGAGCUUCAUCCUGGACACGCUGGUUUUUGCUUUCGGGAAGUACCAACACAAGAACUUGCUCAUUCUCUACGAUGCCAUAGGAACCUUGGCAGAUUCUGUGGGACACCAUCUCAACCAGCCAGAGUACAUACAAAAGCUGAUGCCUCCUCUGAUCGCGAAGUGGAACGAGCUGAAAGAUGAAGACAAAGACCUGUUUCCUCUGCUUGAAUGUUUGUCAUCUGUUGCCACAGCGCUGCAGAGUGGCUUCCUCCCAUACUGCGAGCCCGUGUACCAGCGCUGCGUCACUCUGGUCCAGAAAACACUGGCUCAGGCUAUGAUGUACAGCCAGCAGCCAGACCAGUACGAAGCACCCGACAAGGACUUCAUGAUCGUGGCCUUGGAUCUAUUAAGUGGUCUGGCCGAGGGGCUCGGGGGCCACGUGGACACUCUUGUGGCCCGCAGUAACAUCAUGACUUUGCUUUUCCAGUGCAUGCAGUUCCAGGAUACGAUGCCUGAGGUCAGGCAGAGUUCCUUUGCUCUGCUGGGAGACUUGACUAAAGCUUGCUUCCCUCAUGUCAAACCAUGUAUUGCUGAAUUCAUGCCGAUCCUCGGAACCAAUCUGAACCCAGAAUUUAUCUCUGUGUGCAACAAUGCUACCUGGGCCAUUGGGGAGAUCUGCAUGCAGAUGGGAGUGGAGAUGCAGCCAUACAUUGCUAUGGUUCUGACCCAGCUGGUUGAGAUCAUUAAUCGACCAAACACACCUAAAACUUUGUUGGAGAACACCGCCAUCACCAUCGGCCGACUGGGAUACGUGUGUCCUCAGGAGGUCGCUCCCAUGCUGCCACAGUUUAUCCGACCUUGGUGCACGUCGCUGCGCAACAUCCGAGACAAUGAGGAGAAAGACUCAGCUUUCCGUGGGAUUUGUAUAAUGAUUGGUGUGAAUCCAGGAGGUGUGGUGCAGGACUUUAUCUUCUUCUGUGAUGCUGUGGCCUCCUGGGUGAAUCCUAAGGAUGAUCUGAGAGACAUGUUCUACAAGAUCCUGCAUGGUUUCAAGGAGCAGGUCGGGGAGGAGAACUGGCAGCAGUUUUCUGAGCAGUUCCCUCCACUGCUAAAGGAGAGACUGGCAGCCUGCUAUGGCGUUUAGAUCCCCCACACCCACCCAAGAGGUGAGCCAGCAGGAGGAGGGUGAACGGGAAACUCAUCCAUCUGUGUAUUGCACGGCCCUGAUCUGGGGGGAGGGAGAGGGACGCUUUAGGCCGCUCCCCCUGAUGGACGGCCCCCACGCCCUAUGUGUUUGUCCAUAGAGGGAGGGUAGGCGGGUGGGAGGGAGGGACAAGGGGGGACACCUCUAGAUUAACUAGGCAGGGACCCGACACAGAAAAACUAACUGGUAGGGACAGAUAGAGAGGACGACUCGGAGGAGAGACAAGUUUGAUAAAAAUAAAAUAAUAAAUGAAUGAGAGAGAGAGAGAGCUGCACAGAGAGAGUUCAGGGAAAGGCAGGGAGGGGGGGAUCACUAACAAAGCAGGGAAAACCAGCUCCAGACUGGUCUGUUACUGGGACAGUUCAGAUUUUAAUAGUAUAGCUUCACAGACAGACCCAACAUACACAAACUCACACACUUGCACAUGCUGCACAUGGACCAGACUGUGGGUGGCAACAGACUUUUUGAGACCUGCUACACAGUUAGGGACAGACAGGUGAUUAAAACCUCUUCAUUUUCUGGGUAAUAUCUUUUAUUUUUUUCGGGGAUUAAGAUUGAAUUUCAACGACUCCAUCUGCUCUCACUGAAUUCUGCUGUCUGUUAGAUAAUCCCACAAUCCUCACGUUUCCUACCUUCGUUUUUACUGGAGUGCUGCUUGGAGCUGUCAUCGUAUCAGACAUGUUGCUGUCACAUUUUCUACCCGAAUAAAAGAAAGAGCAGGAUUUUUUUAUUUUUAUUAUUAUUAUUAUUAUUAUUAUUUUAUUUUUUUUGUGGCAAACCGUUUUCCUCCCAGAAAGGAGGAUUAGGGCUAACAAGUUUUCUCACCUGAGCAGGAGAAAAUCGCUCAAAAAGAAAGAUCCACAUCCUUAGUUUUUGUCUUCUGCAAGUCAAGUGUGUGUGUGUGUUUGUGUGUGUGUGUGCGUGCAUGUGCAGUUUGUAAAUCCUGACUCUGGCAUUCUGUGUUAACAGUGUAUGUAAUCAAUAUAUUGUUUUUGAAAUGGUACCAAGCUAAAACUUGACUCCCCACCACAAUGUCCUUGGCACCUGUUAACUGUGACCAAGUGUGUGUGUUUGUGUGUGUGUGCGCACGCACGUGUGACUGAGUGUUUUUGUCCACAUCCAUUUGAUGCCAUAUUGCUAUCUUUAGUAAAACAGUGAUAUGAUCUUUAUAAUGUUUUAUAUUAGGUCUUUAUUUCUUUUUUUUUAUUUUUAUUUUUUUGCUGCUACUGAAUUUUUUUUAUUAGUUUGUUUCGAUAGUGGAUUUAAAUUCACAUAAAAAUUGAAUUAAUGCUAUAUUCAGUGACUGUUAAGUUGUUUUUGUUGCACUUUUUAUUUGGUUUAUUUUAUUUUUUUAUUUUUUGUGUAAUGUAUUUUUUUUAAACCUCACCCAUAUAUGUCUUGACCCUAAUGUCAGUGUUUGUCGUACUGUGUUGCACUGUGAAAUUAAGUGUCUUUGACUGGCAAAAAUAUCCCAAUACUAAAAUGGCAAAUAAAAACAACUUUGUGAAACUGCGACUAAUCCGCACUUUUACAAUGACUAACCUUGCCAUAUUGCUGAGGUGUGUGUCUGUGUGUGUGUGUGUGUGUGUGUGUGUGUGUGUGUGUGUGUGUGAGAGAGAGAGAGAGAGAGAGAGAGCGCAAGAGAAAUCCUGCAUGAGUGUGCAUGGGUGAUUUAUUUUCCCAUGAGCAUGUAUUUUCUAGUCAGAUGGUGUUUGUAUGCCCUAAGGGUGCAGUAAAGUUAAUAUUUUUUUUCUAUUUGAAGAAUGUAGCAGUUCAGUUCACACGCACGGUUUAUUUAAAGUCCCCAGGAGUUUGGAUGUGUGUGAAGUAGCGCAUGUUUGUGUCUUUCAGAGUGAAAUUAUUGCCCUUUACGCACCAACACACCACCUCAAUUCACACAAUGAUAGCAAGGGACACUGGAAUAAGAGCUAGGACACUGCCAAAGAGCAAUAGCCACUGAAAUUUAAAGAGGAGCAGAAGCAAACUGCUGCUUCACUGGUGUUUUUCUGCAUCGAGCCGAUGUGCAGGUAUACAGGUACAGCAGGGCUGUAGGGAAUAAUUAUGAUUUUUUUGCCAGCAAAAUUAAAUACAGGGAUUUUUUUUCCUCAAAUCUGUUUUUCUAGCUUGUAUUUAAAACAGACGUUUAAUUUGACCACAACUGUAAUCUUACCCGCUCUAGUUUGACCUUUAUAUACACACACAGUCUCCUAGUUUUGAGUUUUUAAAGAAAAAAAAUAGAAAUUGUUACUGUUUGUUUCAGUGUUUUUUUAUUUACUUCACUGAUAUUUUCUAAUUCCAUCAUAAGUUUUUGUAUUUGAAAGAUAGGUGUACAUUUUUUGUUUUAAAGAAACUAGUGUUCUGCUUUAGUGCCAGUCAUAAAUCUCAUUAAGUCUGAGGAGGAGAAUUUGAGGGGGGGGGGGCGGUUGUAAAUCUAUGUUUAUGUUUUUAAAAAAAGCAUGUUUCUGAAUAAGGUUUUCAUUUUCAUCAGCCUGAUUUCUCCAACUGAGCAACAAGUCUUGUCAGGCAGGUGGGAACAAAAAUAAAAUGCUUUUGAGUCCAUUUGCUUUACUGUGUGUAAAAUUCUCUGAAAAUCCAGCUGGAUUGUUGAUUCUUCGAAAUAAAUCUUGCCAUGCAUGCUGAAAAAUGGCAAUUAUA